AUGAUGGUGACUACUAGGGUUUUGCUCCUGCUUCUCUGUUUCAUCGGACUGCUGAGCUCGACCUUAUGUUUGAAUCACGCCGAUGGACGUGGAGAUCAGCCACUGGCUCAGAUUAACAUUUACGAAACAAGUCUUGCUUUGGACACUUCCAUCAACAUUCACGCUUCUCCUCAAGUUCUUGGUUUACAGGGUGAAGAUACUGAAUGGGUACAUGUUGCUAUCUCAAACCCCAAGCCAACCUCAGACGACUGGGUCGGAGUUUUCUCGCCAGCAAAAUUCGACGCAUCUCCAUGUUGGCAAACAGAUGGCAAAGAGAAACAACCUUUCAUUUGCUCAUCUCCCAUUAAGUACAUGUUCGCGAAGAACUAUCCAGAGUAUAUAAAGUCCGGGAACGUGAUUAUGAAGUUUCAGAUCAUAAACCAGAGAGAUGAUAUCUCCUUUGCACUGUUUGCCGGAAACCUUUGGAGUCCAAAACUUCUCGGUGUUUCGAAUACUGUAGCUUUCGUCAAUCCUAAAGCACCUGUGUACCCUCGUCUUGCAUUAGGGAAGAGUUGGGACGAAAUGACUGUGACAUGGACGAGUGGGUACAACAUAAACGAGGCUGUUCCGUUCAUUGAAUGGAGUUCGAAGGGAUUUCCAGCCAAAAGAUCACCAGCUGGAACCAUAACCUUCAACAGAAACAGCAUGUGUGGCAAUCCUGCUCGUAGCGUUGGUUGGCGCGAUCCGGGUUUCUUCCAUACCGCUUUCUUGAAAGAACUUUGGCCAAACCGCGAAUAUACGUACAGACUAGGCCAUGACUUGGUCAAUGGGUCGAUGGUUUGGAGCAAGAACUACACUUUCGUUUCCUCCCCUUUUCCUGGACAAGACUCGCUACAACGGGUCAUAAUAUUUGGUGACAUGGGCAAGGGAGAGAGAGAUGGCUCGAAUGAAUACAAUGAUUAUCAGCCCGGUUCUAUCAACACAACUGACCAACUCAUCAAGGACUUGAAGAACAUUGACAUUGUUUUCCACAUUGGAGAUAUCACUUAUUCAAAUGGGUAUAUCUCUCAGUGGGAUCAGUUCACAGCUCAAGUUGAGCCCGUUGCUUCUAAGGUUCCUUACAUGAUUGCGAGUGGCAACCACGAGCGUGAUUGGCCAGACACAGGAUCUUUCUAUGGAGGUAAAGACUCUGGAGGAGAAUGUGGUGUUCCUGCAGAGACCAUGUUCUACUUUCCUGCUGAGAACAGAGCUAAAUUCUGGUAUCAGACUGAUUACGGAAUGUUCCGCUUCUGUAUAGCAGACACUGAACACGACUGGAGAGAAGGCUCAGAGCAAUAUCAGUUCAUCGAGCGUUGCCUUGCCACUGUUGACAGAAAGACUCAGCCUUGGCUCAUCUUUAUUGCUCAUCGUGUCCUGGGUUAUUCCUCCAAUGAGUGGUAUGGCAAAGAAGGAACCUUUGAAGAGCCUAUGGGAAGAGAAAGCUUACAGAAACUGUGGCAGAAAUAUAAAGUAGACCUUGCUUUCUACGGCCAUGUCCAUAACUAUGAGCGAACUUGCCCCAUUUACGAGAGCCAAUGUGUGAACGGUGAGAAGGAUCACUACUCAGGGACCUUCCAAGGAACCAUUCACGUUGUUGUUGGUGGUGCAGGAAGUCACUUGUCUCCCUUUAGCUCACUGAUACCCAAAUGGAGUUUGGUCCGAGACUAUGACUAUGGGUUUGUGAAGUUGACUGCUUUCAAUCACUCGUCGCUUCUCUUUGAGUACAAGAAGAGUAGCACUGGCCAAUUGUUUGACUCCUUCAACAUCUCUAGAGAUUACAAAGAUGUUUUGGCUUGCACUCACGAUAGCUGCGAGCCCACCACAUCAGCUUCAUGA